AUGACCUUGCGACGGACUGCUCUCUAUGCAACAGAAACACACACACACACACAAAAAGCGAAAGAGAGAAACCCCUCACCCCCCUCCCGAUGGAUUAUGAUUAUCAAGUUACGACAAAAAACACGAAUUGAAACCCCGAAAUAUGACAUUGGUGUAUUUCUGAAAACGGUAUUCGAUACUUUGAAACAGAUUGCAGAAGAGUACAGAAACAUGUCAUCAAAUAGAAGAACGACAAUGCCCCAUAGUUUUAAAAAUGAAAACUGGUUGAAUUUGAUCAUUUUCAGGAGUCUAGAGCUCGGACGUCAAGUUUCCAAUCACUUUGAAAAUUUUGGAGGUUAUAACAGACCUAGAUUGAAGGAUUCCUUCAGAUAUAGACAAAUAACUGAAAAAUUAGGGACUUUUAAAAACAUCUGUGAAUGCAAACUCGGCUGUCGGCUUGCAACUUCUGGCUGGAAGUUGAGGCGUUGCAUCAUUCCAAUUUUUGGAGCAUUUUUGUCAGACAAAUACUUCGGAGACAAUAACAGACGAUGUUCUCGAAACAAAGAGUACGAAACUUAUCAGAUAAAUAAAAUACAAGUCAACAUUUUUAAUGUCAAGUGCUUGGGAGAUAUCGCAACUAGAAGGAAUCAAAGAAAUAACUGGAUGCUAGAAAAUUCGAAGAAAGACAAGAAAGUUAAUCAGGCAGAGCCUCUUCUCCCGUAUUCAUCACGAUUUACCUACGACAUCUUCAAAAUUUAA